GUCAGUUCAAACUGUUAGUGGUUCUACUUCACACUCCUCACGCGUUUAGUUGACUCGAGUCCGUCAAAUUAAGCAGCGCGAGCGCGGACGCGUUACAUCAUCAGCGCACCUUAACGCAGGUGACAGGACACCCGGAAGAACAUUGACUAUCACACGAGUCUCUUGAGUUUCAGUCAACCCCAGAAGAGCCAAGCAGAUCACGGUCAUGCCAGACCUCAAGAAGAACAAGUUGUUUAUGGUGCUGAUGGAUAUCUUGUGUGUGCUCGUGGGAACAGAUAGAUGUUUCAGUCAGCUGUUUGGACUCUCAUUCUGACGGCACCCAUUCACUGCAGAGGAUCCAUUGUGGCGAUGCCGUUCAUCAUAAUGACCAUCAGGUUCAAGCCGUACCUGCGUGGCGUUUACUGUGAUGACGAGACCAUCCGUUAUCCCUACAGACCAGACACCAUCUCUCACAAAAUGAUGGCGGCCGUUACCAUUUCCUGCUCAAUCAUUAUCAUCAUUUCCGGAGAGGCCUACCUGGUCUACACCAAACGUCUCCACUCCAAUUCGAACUUUAACCAGUACGCAGCGGCGCUCUAUAAAGUGGUGGGGACGUUUCUGUUCGGCGCGUGUGUGAGCCAGUCUCUGACUGAUAUGGCCAAGUACACCAUCGGACGCUUGCGGCCCAACUUCAUGGCGGUGUGUGCUCCAGAAGAUUGCAAGGGCUACGUUCUGGUGAUCAACUGCACGGGAAGCCUUCGCAAUGUGACCGAAUCCAGGCUGUCGUUCUACUCCGGUCACUCCUCCUUCGGGAUGUACUGCAUGUUGUUUUUGGCGCUGUAUGUCCAGGCACGUAUGGCAUCCAAGUGGGCCCGCCUCCUCAGGCCCACAAUUCAGUUCUUCCUGGUGGCCUUUGCCAUUUAUGUGGGAUACACGCGUGUGUCUGACUACAAGCACCACUGGAGCGAUGUGGUCGUGGGGCUCCUGCAAGGGGCGCUGGUCGCAGUCCUCACAGUGCGAUACAUCUCGGACUUCUUUAAAGAGCGCCCCCCUCUCUGCCAGGAUGUUGAAAACGCUGAAAACGAAGACAGCGAGCGCAAGCCCAGCCUUCAUAUCACAGACACAGACAGAAACCAUUACUCCCACAGAGGGCCAGUAUGAGCCUGACCUUUGACCUGUGAGAGCAGUCCCACAGAAGCACUGGAUGCUGCAGCACGUCUCAUACAGACAGCCACACACACUGUACACUGGCUCCGACUGCGCUCUCUUCCACAGGAUAAUGCUCCCAUUUCACACACAGAGAGACAGCGAGUGAAUUCAUCAACUAACACUUAAUAUUCGAUUUUAAACUUCUCUACAGAUCGUGCUUUAUACCAGAUUUUGUCUUAUGCAUGCUCAUAUACGCCAAGUGCACAGAUCACCUGACAUCUGAUGAACCGUGAGGGACUUUAUUGUAAUCCGAGCACAAAGACGAACUUCUCCAAGGGGAACUGGUCUGUUUCCAUGACAACCUCAAAACCACCGCUUGACAUUUACUGACUAGCUGUACUUCUGCUGUUGGAAGCGAUUCUUUAGGCAUGGGAAAGAAAGUGAACUUUUCUAAGUCAUCAAAAGACAAGAGUUAAUGUUUCUCUGAAAAAGAAAUCCAGAAAGGGAAGUCAAAGCAUGGAACAUUUGGCAAAACAGGUCUUUCUCACAUUGUCAGAAUUAAAGUGACUUCAUUAUAUAUAUAAGAAAUUGUAUUUUCCUGUGGCAGUAGGUUUAGGGACUGUUCUAAACUUAACAUAUUGGUAAACUAGUUAUUAUAUCCGCACACAUCUAGAAGAAAUUCUGUAUACCAUGAAUCAUUUUUAUAAAAUAUGACUUUUUUAUGUUUAAUUUACUUAAGUCUACCGUGAAAACUCGUAAUUUCUUCGUUGCAUAACUCGUUCUUAUAAAGAUGCAAUUUUCUGAAAACCACUAGCUAACCGAGGCACAUAUAUAUCGGUAUAUUUCAUGAAAAUGAGUCUUACUAACCGUCCAACAGUAAGGAUCAGUAAACGUUAACUAUCCGAUUUAAUACGUUAAACAGCUGUUUAUCAAUUAAUAUUAUCACACCUGUGUUUUAACCAAUUGAACGUCAUAGUGAUGGAUCGUUCUUGGCUGAAUGAAUCUUUAAUAUGAUUCGGGAUCUACGCGACGAGUUGUCUGAGCGAGGGAUUUGUUUAUUUCGUGUUGACCGUGCAUGCGCAACAUCCAAUAGCUUGUUUAGAAUAGACGGCUUGCGUUUAGUGGCCCAUGGUAAAAGUCACUAAUGAGGCAUCUACAUAUAAAUAUCAAUGCCUUAACCAAUCACAUUACAGACAGAAUUUCAGUCAGAGUUGUGCGACACUCAAUCGUCGUUUACGGAUGCCAUAGGAAUGAAUGAGAAAUGCUGAAAGCUGUAUCCCACCUGUCCCAAAUAGUCAGUGACUUCUCUUAUAAAAUUUAUUUUUUUGGGGUGUAAACUCAAAAAAUAGUUCAAUCCAGAAGUAUUGUUUAGUGUAAAAUAUGUUGGAGAUUAGCUGAUAGGCUGUCGAUUCAUUAAAUGAUCAGCUGUUUCCUAUAAAAAUAAAAAAAGGCCUCUGGUCUCCUUUCCCAUGUACUGGCAAACCGGAAGCUUUAUCUUUAGCCGUUAUGCUUUUUUGGCUAAAGGUUGCAGGCUUGCUUUCUAGUGGCUUUGGUUCACCUCCUGAGUCUUCGGGUUCGAGUUGUUCGUUCAUCACGUGACAACCCCAUAGACUUGACUAGAGGCUACGCAAUCUGUACCGGAAAGAGAAAUGAUUAGUUCAUCUUCUGAGUCCUGGGGUCCGAGUCGUUCAAUCUUUUGUCAAUGUUUGCAUUCGAUGUGUUGGGGAAUUUGAAUAUUAACAUGUAUCAAUUUAAUUAUAUUCUGCUGAAUUGGACGAAAUUAACUAAAUGACUUGAAAAAGCAUUCGUUCAUUUUGCUGAACGAGAAUCAAAGGUCCGAGUCAGUAUAAUGAUCCGAACUUCCCAUUACUAGAACAUGAAAAUGCUGCUUGUAAUGUUAAAAUCCCAGCCAAUCGUAAAGCUAUAUGCUGAUUCUGAACCAAUGAGGAUUCUCAAGGGGCGGAGCUACCCUUCAUGACAAGAAACUGACAAUUGUAGAUUACAAUGGACUUGGAAAAUGUUGUACCUACAUUAUCGGGAUGAAUGUUUCCACAGUAUCAUGAUUGUUUAGUUUUAUUUACAGUGGAAAACGCCUCUCAAAAUCACCAGUGAAUUCAAGAAUCAGGUUAGUUUUAUUUUCUUCACGACGCGUCUUCGCGUAUGAGAAAAUUGUUUUAAUCGGACGGUGCGUUUUAAUCAUUGGUCCAUUAAAACCAUUAUACCUGUAUCUCUCCAAAGAAAAUUUUUCUGGGAUUUUGUCUCAAUUUACACUUAUUAUUUACUCUAAUUUACCUUGUUUUAUCUAAUUCUAAUUUAUGUUAAUUCGGAGCUCGAAGCGAAAUUCAGCAUUGAGUGCUGAAAAUCUAAUUGAUCACCAAGUCGUUAAGACUGAUUGUGCAGGUGACAUUGAAAUAUUAAUUUUAAUAAUAAUAUCUAUGCAAAUUGGAAUACAAUUACUGAGUGUCUGUACUUUUCCUGUGAAGAAAAAGUAGUGCUAUCUCUUCUUAAAAUCCUACAAACGCAUUCCUCAUACAAUUUGCACUAGCAUGAGCUGAAUUAUUUAUCUUAAAAUGAAUUAUUAUCUUUAGAUUUAACGUAGACUCUUAAGAACUGUCUUUUCUCAAUAUUUUUCUACCGCUAAAAAGGAAAACGUCAAAUAUUUCUCCUCUUUGAAAAUAAAUAAUGUAAUCUGGCACAUAUUUUAACGUCCCCUCUCAUCUUUUUUGUUAUUAAUGUGCGCAAACUUUUUAAUAAUUAAAAAUAAAAGUUUUCCAACUCGCUCAUUAUUAAUGGAGGAAAACCAAUCCUUUUUUUUAAUUAAUUUUUUUUCUCUCCCCUCUCAUACAUGUUGUUUAUUGAAAAAUACAUUCCUUUCUUAGUUUCAAGUUGUUGACAAUCGCUCAUCUGAACCCUGUACAACAGAACCUGCUGUCUACUGUGAGUUGCUAAUGCUGCCAUUUUUUAUGGACAUAUUUAGUGAAAAUGAAUGAUGUCUCCCUGUUUUUUGCUUCUAUGUGGAACAGAGACUCUCUUGUGACUCUAAUUGAGUCACAGAAAACCGGAUGGCCUUAAAAUAAAUGAGGACUGAGCUCAUAGAGUGACUUGCACACUGAAUGUGAAGAAGAUUGUGGCUCAUGUUUACACCUAUAUGCUGUUGCCAAUGUGUGUGAAAUGCAACUAUUGUUUUUAGUGGAAUGUUCCAGAGCAAUGUUGAGUAUUUUUGGAGGAUUGCUGUAAGAUUGUGCAUAUAUACACUCUUAAAAAUAAAGUUGCUUCAAAAGGUUCUUCAAGCAAUGCAAUAGAAGAACCAUUUUUGGUUUAACUAUAAACCAUUCAGUCAAAUGUUCUUUAAAGAACCAUCUAUUUCUUACCUUUUUAUAAUCUAAAGAACAUUCUUUUGCCACAAGGACCUUUUGUCAGAAAGGUUCUUCAAAGGUUCUUAAUGGAAUCAUUUAGACAAAAAGGUUCUUCUAUGGCAUUGUGAAGGACCUUUAUUUUUAAGAGAGUGUGUGUGUAUAUAUAUAGAGAGAGAGAGAGAGAGAGAGAAAGAACACAACCUCAUCAUGAAUAAUACAUCAUUUUAUAAAACUGGUUGUGAAAUAUGCAUUAUAAAAAAAUAAUGUGCAUUAAGUUGCAUAAAUGAACAUCGUACAAUAUAUGUCAAGACAAAAGGAAAAAAUAUCGUCUGAUUAAAUUGAAGCUACUGAA